AAUCGCGAGCGCGCGGCCCCGGGCGGGGAGAGCCCCGGCAGCAGCAGCAGGGGUGGCCGCUCCUUGUCCUGCUCGUCCACGCCGCGGCUCAGCGCCAUCCUCUCUCUCCCGAUGCCUUUCCUGGACCUGGAGACCAGCCUCCCGGCCGCGCAGCUGGCCCCGGACCUGGGGCAGAAGCUGUGCGCCGCCGCGGCCUCCAUCCUGGGCAAGCCCGCGGAUAGGGUCAACGUCACAGUGAAGAGCGGCUUGCCCAUGGUGAUCGGGGGCUCUGCCGCACCCUGCGCCCAGCUGCUGAUCUCCUCCAUCGGGGUGGUGGGCUCCGCUGAGCAGAACCGAGGGCACAGCGCCAAGUUCUUCGAGGUCCUCACCAAGGAGCUGGGGCUCGGCCCCGACAGGAUUCUUAUCCGUUUUUAUCCACUGGAACCAUGGCAGAUCGGCAAGAAUGGAACUGUGAUGACUUUCUUGUGAUCCUUCUCGACACCUAUAAACAUCCUCUGGGGGAUGCAAUUCAAGGAUGACCAGCUUCACCUACUUGUUUCAAAUUAUGAUUUGUACCCAUCCUCAUUUCCACUCAUGUGAUUUGCUGCUGUGUUUAUCUUCUGUGCACAAACAGCUCAAAGUUGCAUUAUCAGCCAAACUGGUUUGAAUGUAACAGCUGAGGGCCUUUGUUUCACAUGCAUUCAGUUAUCACUGGUUUGAGCUUUGUCUGAAAUCAUUGUAUGGUUUCUAGCUGAAAGUCCCAACUUUGAUAUCAGAAAGCCUGCUCACUUGGGACCAGUUAAACAGAGUUUGUAGACAUGUCCUUUAACAACAAGCAGUUCUUGUUUGUUUCUAUUAUAUGAUUUACUUUACAGAUAGUGGCAAAGAUUCUCUAGCUAUGUUCAUCUUGCAGGCUGAUGUGCAAGAAAGAACAAACCUUACCUCUCCACUUUGCUGCCAUGCUUAUGAUAUGCUUUCUCUGUUCUGAUGGUCCAUGGGCCAUUAGUGUGAAAACUACUGCCUUAAUUUCUCCACCAGUUAGUCUCCUGACUGGGAACAUAUUUCUGCAGGCUGUCCUACUUCCAAAGUCCCUAAAUGUUGUUUGGCACUGGAUCAUAGUCUAACACACAGUAUUUGGUUAUUUCUGCUGUGGCAGGGGAUGAGGAGAAGGAGAACUAGAGCUUUCAUUUCUAAUUUCCAUUUUCACUCCAUGACCUUUUCAGAAAAGAGAAGACUAUUCUGGAGGACAUGCCUCUAAAACGGUGUGGAACGGUGUGUGGGGCUCCCCUCAAAACUCUGCCUUAAUCUCUGCUGUACUUCACCUGCACAGAUGGUUGUUCCCAUGAAAAUUCACUAUAGUUCUGUACCUUAACAUCAGUUCAUGGGUGGGGGAGAAAGAUGUGUGCAAGUUAAAGAAUUAGUUAUGGCAGAAUCAGAACAUGCCAUAGGACAUGGUGCUCAGGAAAAUGUUUGUUCAUUGAUUCAAUGAAUUAGUUUCAGUCUCUGUCAGCUGUCUCUUAGUCCAAAAUACUUCUUGUAAACCCUGCCACAGGGUGCAUGAGAACACAUCCUCUGCUGCUGCUCUGUGGCUAAUAUCUUCAGUGUGUUAUAUUCCCCAGGGAGGAGAUGAUGAAUUUGCACAUAACUGGGCAUGUCUACAUGAGAUGCUAACUGCACAGUAGCCAAAUAAUACUGCACAUACAGUAUCACAGUAGCACAUCACAGCACUAACAGUGCUAAUUUGCUACUGCGCAGUAUUAUUAAGCUACUAUGCAGUAACGUCACUUAAAAGACAUUUGUUGGUGCUGCUGCACAGUAUUUCCAGUUAUUGUGCAUUUAUUUGGUGCUUGCUUAUACAAGUACUAGAUAAAUGCACAGUAACCACUAGCAUCACACUAGCAUCUCACAUAGAUGUGCCCACUAAUUACUUGUAGUGUCGAUGUUUUUCUCCUUAAGCCCAGGGCUCUACUGCUUUUACCCUAAUGUCCAUUUCUCCAAAUAGGGAGAAAUGUUCCCUGGGACCAUUCAGUUAAUCACUUAACUGGAUCAUACAUGAUAUAUUAAAUCUGAAAAACCCUAAUUUUCAUGUGCAGUAUUUCCUUAAUUUCGCAUUUCACUCAACUGGGAUAAUAAAAAUGGACAUGUUAAAUUAACUUUCAUUUAUAGUCACUUUCAAAGGUCUCAGUCCUGCAAACUCUUAGGUAUGUGCAUUGUUGCACUGAAAUCAGUGAAGCUGCUGAGGGACAUAAGUAGUAAGUGGUUGCAGGAUCAGUCUUAGUCAUUCUCUUAGAAUCAUUCACAGUCUUAGCAUUUUUGCCAACAUUGAGUUACAUAUAAAACAGAUACUAAAUUUAUUGUUCAUCACUCAUAGAAUCCUUUUUAAUUGUAUGCACAAUCCAGAAUCUGGAUGUGAAGAGCACUAGAAGCUUCCCCUUUCAUGUACAGAAAAAGUGAAUUUGGUUUUACUUGUUAAUAUUUAAAAGUGCAAGAAAACUCUCUUCCAUCGUUUCAAAACCCCUGUGCGCUAAAUAAAAUAGCAAAUGCAGGUUUAAUAGGUCUGGGGCUUAUCUGAUCAAUACAAUGUUUCAAGGAACGUUGUUAGUGAAUUAACUGAGUUAUAACAAUGCUCUUGCCUCCUCGCUGUCAUUCUCUUUCAGCCUUUCCAACUUUGGGAGACAUGAGUGUCUAUGUAGUUCCUCAGGAGGGCUCUUCAAUUAAAUUUAAAACUUGCAUACUCCAAUAAUUCUGUAGCACUGCACAUGAUAGCUAUAACCUUCCCAGUUGCUAUGGAGGGGGACAGCCCUGUCCAUGCCUUAUGAGGGAUGAACAAAUUGUAACAAGCUGAGAACAUUUUUUUUUUUUUUUUACUGACCCUCAGUUUUGAUUCUGGUUUGCAAAGCAGUCUCUAGGAACUGCCCUGCUUCAUGGGAGGACAAAUGGGGAUGCAUGACAACAGUCCUGAAUUUUCUAAGGGUCAUUCCUGUUUUUCUGUCAUAUCACAGGUCAGUUGCUGGGCCCUAUUGGCUUCCCACUGCUACUCAUCUUUAGACACUUUCUCUUUCCCUACUGAUUUUGUAGCUCCCCAUUUGUAGCUUUCUGUCUGCAGCAUUGUACUGCCAUGACAAAACAUCCCAUAGUUAAGCAAAAUCAGAGUGGAAGAGCUGGAUCAAGAAACUUGCUGAGACCAAGCUUUCUAAUUUAUGGACUUUGCAUAUUUUGUAAGAGGGUAGUUAGAAAAUUCAUCUGAAGUGUGUGAGAGUUGGGGGUGGAUUGUUUUUUCCUCUUGACCCGAGUACGUGCCAUUUAUUUGACUUUGGGAAGAGGUAGGGAGGUCACAGUUGACAACUAUUAAAUCACUGUCCUCUCCUGCUUUGUAAACAACUAGGGCUGAAUAUACUCCAUGUUCAUGUUAGCGCAAGAAAAUGACCACUAGCUUCUUUAGAGAAGGAUACUGUCAUUUGUUUUUUAGUACUUGAGAAGAACACUCACAGGAAAGUCAAACUGAAAUUACAGCACCUUGUUGCAGCAUAUAGAAAAACCAAGGGAAGCUGGACAUGGUUCUUUGGGUAAACCCAAUAUCUUUUAUUAAUAGUAAAACCAAUAUCUUUUAUUAAUAGUUGGUCUAAUAAAAAAAAAAAAACCAACAGAUUUACCCAAAGAACCUUGUCUGCCUAUUGUGACUGGGGCAAGCUUUCAUGCUCAGUGCAAGCACCGGUCUGCCCCAUGUCUAGAGGUCAGCUACCCACCUCACUUGUCUGCCAUGCCUUGAUGUAAUAAUAUUGAUGUGAGAAUUAGGCAGGAGGCUGUCCAUGAUACACCCCAAUAUUGGGGGGGCUGUCCACGGCUCCAUUCAACCCCUACACCGCUGCCCAAGCCUCGCAGAUAGCAUCUCAGGCAGCCAACUCAACCGCCCCCUUUGCUCAUUAGCUGUGGCCCCUUCCCUGGCACCAUCGGCUUCCCUUUAAGCCCUGGCCCCAUCUCAGGCCAGUCGGGACCCCGAGCUUCUUUGCUCUAUAUGGGCAUCCCUCACAGUGGGCCCCUGGUCCUUUUGACUCCUAUCUGGGUCCUGGCCCCAGCAUUGACCAGUCAGGUCCCUUGGGUUAGGUCUAAGCCUCCUGCCUGCACUCAGAGAUCAGGGUCCCCCAUUCCCUCAGGUGCUUCACAAAGUAUGCCUGGCCCCAUGGGGUCACUCACCCCAGCAGUCUCAGGCACUUCAAGAAGCUUAUCUGGCCUUCCCUGGAUUAGAUGGUUCAUAUAACCCACCUGAGGAUGAGGGCUGGGGUUAAGGUGCCCCUACCCACAUUUCACCAGGGUGGUAACUGGCUUGGCAUUUUUCUGGAGUUCCCACACCACUGGGAGCCCCACCAGACCACCCACUCCUGGAAGGGUGCAGUUUUAGGUCAUACGCUAGGAGCAGGAGGCUCUGGUCCAUCUGCAAGAUGUUCCCAUGCAGCAGCUCAGCCAGGUGAUGUUUCUCACCUGCCCCAGCAGCAGGCUGCUCUUGUUUAUAAAGGCAGCCAGAGUCCUAAAAUGGCCACCAAAAUCAAACAGCUGCAGGCACCACCAAGUGCCCCGCCACACCUAUGUCCUUCGACCAACACGGCUACAACCUACACCCCUGAAACAAGGAACCUGGAAACAUUUUCUUCUUUCCUGUAACAUUUCUAAAGAUUUGUUACUCUAGAAACAGCAAAUAUCCCAGGUAGGCCUAUACCUGAAAAGGAAUUAUUCAGACUGCUCCCAUAUACCACCUCCAAUUUGUUCAGCUGGCCUUAGAAAGUGACUGCCUAGCAUUUGAUCCUCCCUACUUGUCAGCAAGAGGAGAUUUUUUUUUUAUUUUUUUUUUACAGUUCCUAAACAUUCAGAUCUUGAAGGAUCAGCUACUCAUUGAGCUGAGCCAAUGUUUCUAAGUGUCCGUGAUUUCUAUUUAUUUUUCAAGAUCUCAGGACAGAUGUGUUUGCAAAUCCAAAUGCACUUACCUUUACUAGACUGUGUUAGAUGGGUCAUGGUGUGUGUAUACAUAUAAUACAGAAGACUUUCUUUUAUUCUAAGUCUUGGGGACAAGGACUGUUCUUCCUAUGUAUUUACACAGCAACCAACACAAGAGAGCUGAUCAAGCUUAAGGACAGCACUAGAAUUCAAAUAUGAAAUAAUAAUGAUUCUUUUUGAAGUUAUGCUGCCAGAAGUAUAGAGAAUCUGCUGUAAUAUUUAUGCAUACCCAAGCAGUUCUUAGGUUAUAUGGAGUGUAUGUACUGGGGCUUAUCUUUCCUUCUAAGUCUGAAGUUAAAGUUUAUUUUUAAGUAAUGUGUACAUUGGAGAUCAAGAGUAUUUCUCCUUAUACCACUUAGGUUGAGAGAGAUGGCUGUAGCAUAAGUGGUGUGGCUGCAGAGUGAUUAAAGGCUCUUUAGAUUUAAUCAAGUACAAUACUUACAAAAUCUUCCUUCAAAAAAUUCCUGCUAGCUUGAGUUGAAGCACCCUUGCUAUCUCUCCUGCAUCCAAAACUGGACCUAACCCUGAGGGGUUUCUGUAGCACAGUUUCCUGCAUAGUUCCCCUCUCCCAUCUUCUGUCACAGACCACACAUGACUGAGACAAUAUUUCAACCUCUGUGCUGUUGCUAGAAUCUGCUGCUAGUUGCUAACAUGGAUACAGUUAUAACAACUUGAUACUCAUUACUCCAUGAGGAACGAGAGUAUCAUCUUAUUUCACAUACUUCAGCAAAUAACUAUCAGAUAUCUUCUAAUCACCCUUUAGAUUAUUUUAUCAUAAAAGAAUCACUUACUUUAGUUUUAUUGAAUGUAUUUAAUAACCAGCAACAAAAAUGGCACUGAGGGAAGGUCUUUUUUGAAAGAGAUCAAAGAUCCAAGGCCAAAACAUGACUGAAGCUUUGAUCUGUAUGUUUCAGAUGCCAUUAGGCACUUGACUAGAAAGAGCUCUUGUGUAAUACGCAAGUUACAAUAUGCCUUCUAGUGGUACUUACUUCAAAUUGAUUUUAAAAUCUUGACUGAAGUAAGAGGAAGGCCCUCUGGCUUAUUACAAGACAUUCACAUAGUGAUAUAAAACUACACAAUACUAUGUGCACAUAAAAUAAGAGUUCAUCAUCACUGCAUUCUUAGUUUGAGGCAUAAUGUUGUCCCUAACCUCUCUCAUUCCCACACAAAAAUCUUUGUUUUGAGAGUGCUUUAAACUCAAACUGACUGGCCUGUCAGAAGACGUGAGUUUGAGACUCCAGUGUUGCUGAUGCUUUAGCUGGUAAUGCAGUGAAGAUGUAGUUACAGACUGCAGCAUGAAUUAGCACACCUUGUUCGGGGCUAAUUCAAUCACACUGUUCAGCUAAUCAAAUCCUUGUAUAGUUCAGUCCUGUUUCCCGGAGACUAUGUUUUCUCAAGCUAGGCAGCCUCUGGUGGAGUAACCUGAAUGCAGUAACUUAUGUUUCAGUGGUAAUACCUAUUUCUUGCCUGUAGGGGGAAAUAGGUUGCUGUAUGCAAGAAAGCCUGAAAUGUUUUCCUUUACAUUUGAUUUUAAUGUUGCUUGUUUUUUACAUUGGAAAUUGGAGUCUUAUCUACAUUGGAAGACUUGUGGUGACAGGGGAACUAGCAGAACACCAUCAUAAGAACUAAAAGAUGGUGAAAACUGAGCAAUUUGGAGAGAAGGAUUUUUUAGUGAAACUGUUAAAAUCUGUUACUUUUGUUAAUACCUCAACUUAGAAAAUAAACAUUUUUGCUAAAAAUUCAA